AUGCCUGCAGCCAUACCACCGCGCUUUGUCAGCGUCGACACAGCCAAAUCCACCCAGGGACAUCAUAAUUUGAUUGGAGUUGUGGUAGAUUGUCUUUCAAAGAGCAAGACAGGCGGCACCUCUUUUGUUGUGACAUUUACAAUCAAAGAUGCGGACUAUGGCAAGGGAAAUCAAUCAUGGACAGGGUUAAAGAUCAAAUAUUUCAACAAUAACGAGCAUCGUUUACCUGACCUGAGAGUAAAUGACGUGAUUCUCUUACGUCGACUAAGGGUUCGACCGUAUCAGGGAUCCUUGCUGGGCAUUGCCUCAAAUACAGACAAUGUCGCAUGGGCAGUCUUCCGGCAACCUGAAGAGCGGGCGUCCUUGGCAAUUCCAGCAUGUAGCCCUGGGUCAAGUGCCCUCAAUCUUGAAGAAACAACAUAUGCGAAUUGGCUUCUAGAUACUCUCGCCCGUUCCAGAUCCAAUACUUCGUCAACUCCGGUAGAAAGGCAUCGCACAGAACCUUCAACGGAUCCCAUAGGCGCCAAGCAACAGAACACUGCCGUAGCUAAGAAGAGAGAUAGGUUUUCUUUGAUCAAAAACCUCUCGAUGGACACUUUUGUCGAUCUCACCGUGCAUGUAGUGAAGACGUGGUAUCAGGAUGACAGGGUUCAUUUAUACGUCACUGAUUAUACUGUGAACAAGUCACUUUUUGACUAUCGAGACAAGUCAGACGAUGAUGCAGAUGGAGAUGGGGGCACUUUUGGCGAUGAAUUCGGGUUUAUGACUCGCAACACCCGCGAGAAAAGGACUUGGGAGGGGCCCAUGGGACGGAUGACGGUGCAGGUAACACUGUGGGAUCCGCAUUCUACGUAUGCGAAAGAGAACGUCCGCGAAGAUUCCUAUGUUGCCCUGAGCAAUGUGCGUGUGAAAACAGACAAGAUGAAUGGCAUAAUGGAGGGAGUUAUGCACACCGACAAGAAGUUCCCCCACAAGCUAGGUAUCCGAAUCCUCGACGAAGAUGAUGACGAACCUCGUUUUGCCGACCUCAAGAAGCGAAAGCGAGAAUAUUGGCGGCAGAAUAGAAUGAACAAGCGCAAGGUCGCCGAAGACUUUGGAGAAGAAGACGGCGUUCCCAAGAAGAAUGCGAAGAAAAGGCGGAAGGAGCAGCUGCGCCAGAAAAAGCAGCAAGAGCAACGGCAGAGGCAGCAGCGGAAGGAAGAGGGCCAGACGGAGAUUCCCAUCGCGGUGAUUUCUGCAAAGGGGCCCAAUCCUCACAUCCAAGCAAAGGAUCCGUCAAGAGCGUGCCGGAAGCUCUCUGAAAUCCUGGCAAACGAGAGCCACAACAUAUCCCUCCCAGGCAAUAUUCAAUAUCGGCUUCCCUUCCAGAAUGUGAAGUAUCGCACUGUCGUCCGGGUUGUCGAUUUCUUCCCGCCUGACAUUGCUGAUUUCGCGGUUCCGUACAGACCUCGCCGAUACUCUGCUCCAUCGUCGUCGUCGUCGUCAUCAUCCGAAAAUGAAGAUGGAGAUGAUAUCAACCCGCACACGGCUGGGAUCAGAUGGGAAUGGCGUUUCUGCCUCCUCGUGGAGGACGACAAGGCUGCGCCUGGUCAAGCCCGGGAUCGCAUAAAGCUGUUUGUUAGUGGAGCCGAAGCCGAGUUCUUGCUCAAACUUGAUGCUGUAAACUUACGGGAAAACAGAAGCAUCUUAAACCGGCUCAAAGAAAAGCUAUGCGUUUUAUGGGGAGACCUGGAAGAAUAUAAGAACGCAGGGAUGAGAGAUGGGCAGCAAAAGGGUCCAUCUCAGCGCCCUUUUACAUGCUGCGUCAAAGAAUAUGGCGUCAGAUGCACUUGUCAGAGGAAAGCUAUUCUUGGUGAUGGCGAUGAUAGUGAUAGCAACGGUGUUGUUUUGGGACCUGAACAUAACCAGCACUGCCUCGGCUGGGAAAGGAGGUUUGCUCUAUUUGGCACUACAAUUAAUGAAUAA